UUCCAAACAUCACCCCAACUCGAAAACCAAACCAAUCUCGCCAUCGCGCCAAUUUGCUCCCCACAUUUCAAUCCCCCACGAGAUUCUGCCAUGGCUGCUUCGGAAAGAAACCCUUAGCCUGUAAAAGUUAGGGCUUUUUCCUUCCUGAGACCGCAGGAAGAAGAUGAACCAGGGCGAUCUCCACAAGGUGUGGGAAAUCAAGGCCCUGAAGAGGAAGCCUGCGGAAGACGAGGCCCGGAAGAUCCUCCAGCGGAUCGCCCAUCAGGUUCAACCCAUCAUGCGCAAGCGCCGGUGGAGGGUCAAGCUUCUCUCCGAGUUCUGCCCGACGAAUGCGCGUCUCCUGGGUUUGAAUGUGGGUCGCGGCGUGCAUGUGAAGCUGAGGCUUCGCAGGCCGAACAGAGACGACUGCUUCUAUCCUUACGAUCAGGUCCUCGACACGAUGCUGCACGAGCUCUGCCACAACGCGCACGGCCCUCACGACGCCAAGUUCUACAAGCUCUGGGAUGAACUUAGAAAGGAGUGCGAGGAGUUGAUGGCCAAGGGAAUAACUGGCACCGGCCAGGGUUUUGAUCUUCCCGGGAAGCGUCUUGGCGGUUUCUCUAAACAGCCACCUGUUUCAUCACUACGGCAAACUGCUCUGGCUGCUGCAGAGAGGAGAUCAAAUUUGGGUUCGCUCCUACCGUCCGGACCGAGGCGUCUUGGUGGUGAUAGUAGCAUCAUGGUACUUAGUCCAGCACAAGCUGCUGCGAUGGCUGCAGAAAGGAGAUUGCAGGAUGACAUCUGGUGUGGUUCUCAAUCGGAAGAGGGUGGGGAUAGAGAAAGUAACCCUGAUAUUCUGCGAAAUAUUGAGAACGAGAUCGAAAUUCCUGGAAAAUCCAGGCAUGAUAAUGCAGGAAGCCAACCUUCGGAUUUGAUCUCUCGGAAAAGAUGUCGUGAGAAUGAAGCUUCAGCUUCACGAUCAUCCAGCAGUGAUGUGGAUCAGAAUUUUGUUGAUUUAACAGGGAACGAUGGGACAUGUGGGGCAGCAGAUGAUCUCUGCUGUGCACAUCAGAGAAGAAAAUUUGAAUCAGAUAAUGUACUGUAUUCUAAAUCAAAAUGUCAUUUGGGGAAUGCUUCAUCUAGCAUGUCAUCCAAUUUGACUUCUCGGCCAGGGCUUAAGGGCACUGCUAAAGAUACUUCAAUUGAGCUCCUUAUGUGGGCAUGUGAAAUAUGCACCUUAUUAAAUCCCCCACUAGCUCCAAUCUGUAAGCUUUGUGGUUCAGAAAGGCUCAAGGAUGAGGGCUCCAAAUUCAAGUCUUGGUCCUGUAAAUUCUGCACGUUGGAUAACAGUGUCGAGUUAGAGAGAUGUUCAGCUUGUGAGCAGUGGAGAUAUUCACAUGGGUCUCCAGUGUCAGCAAGAGCACCAUGUGACGGUGAUUGAGAGUAUCUCAUGUUGGUGGCAUUACAGAUCCUACUUUCUACUGCGAGCUGUCUAUGGCAUAAUUUGAUGGCGGUCUCAGUGAAUGCCAUAGUUUACUGAAGCAUGGUCAAUGCUGAUCAUGUACAUCCAAAGUAACACUGCUGAUAAUGAGUCCUAUUGUUCAGGUCCGUGCAGAGGUUGCCUCUCAAAAGGAGCUAGCGAUUGACUGGCAAAGAGAGUGACUUCAGUGUUCAGAUCUCUCAUUAACAUUAAGCCCACAUUUAGAGUAAGAGUCAGUUUUGAGAGGUCAUCAUCCCUUGAAGAUGUACAAAAAGCAUUUGCCGAAUUGUGAGUGUGCCUGUCACAUCGCCACAUCACAUGAUUCAUGGCUUGUUAAUAUUUCUUCUUCAUCUUCACGUUAACAUAUAAACUGCUUCAAUAUGUUGGGCUUUUUGCUUAAUUGAAAAUUUGGUGUUGAGGUCAAAAACUCGAUUUGGCUAGCCAGACCAUGAAAGAUGGGAAGAUGAUGAUUGGCCAGCAAUGGUCCAAAAUGAGAUCUCUCUAUUUUGGGCACGUUCAAUUCAACUGAUGAUGCAUCAUCCCUCUCUUCUACUAUUAAUUUUCGGCCUCUCCACUUGCUCUCUCCUCUUCUUCCGGAGAAAUUUUUCUUGAGACUUUCAAUUCAAUCGAUGGUUUGUUUAUUAUUAUCAAAUUUGUUGUACUGAAGUUAUGUGAUAUAUGAGUGGGUUUUCAACCUAUUUGUUGUUUUA